AUGGCUCAAUACGAGAAUGCUCCUAAUCAGUUCAUCUUGGUCAAGGACUCAAAGAUUGCGUAUCGUUGGCUGGGACCGAAAAAUGGGAUUCCCGUGAUCCAUCUCGUUUCAUUCAGGGCUACAAUGAGCCAGAUCGAUCCGGUUUCUAUGAACAAGAUAGCUGAAAAGCGGCCCGUGAUUCUUUUUGAUAACGCUGGAAUUGGCCGGUCUACCGGCAAAGUACCUGCAUCAUACUCAAGUUGGGCAGAUUACUGCGCAGAAUUCAUUGUACAACUCGGAUUCAAGCAAGUCGACAUUGUGGCCUUUUCGAUGGGUGGAUGCGCAGCUCAGAUGCUGGCUUUGAACCACCCAACUUUGGUGCGGCGUCUGAUUCUCAUUGGGUCUCUACCCAGUAUCGGACCGGGAGUCGUACUCCCACCGCCCGAGCCCUUUCAGGGUAUCCGCAUGGCACACGACCGUGAAUCUCAGGAAGCUGCAUUGCUGGAAUUCUGUUGUCACUCUUCGGAGACCAGCCAGGCAGCGGGGAGAGCGACUUUCCGGAGAAUGCUCGAGGCAAGGGAUGACUGGUCUGAUCUCAUUGAUACUGAUGGCACUAGACGUCAAGUUCAGGCGUUUGCCAAGUUUAUGAGUCCACAAUAUUCAUCGGAAGGCUCAUACGAACGAUUCCACGAGCUAAGAGUCCCAGUCUUGAUAAUUCGAGGAUCUCACGAUUAUGUCUUUGAAAAGCACACGUGCCAGGCCAUGGUCAGGCAAAUGUGCAACACAGCCGUCAGUGUUUACGAGUUUCCAGAUGCUGGCCAUGCUCCACACUGGCAAUAUCCCGAGGAGUUUGCCGAGCUUGUCGACUGCUUUCUCUGCGCUGAGGAUACACUGAAGGUCCCAGAGAUGCCCGUACAUUGGGUGCGAUGGAUUAAUGGAACAGACUUGGUCAGUAAAAUUUGA